CCCCUCGCCGGGCCACUAUAAAUGGUCGUGCCCGCGGCCGUGCCGAACUCCUCUUCCGACACGACACGAGUAGUCGCUCGCUGCUCCCCUCGCGCUUCGACCGGCUUCCGGCGGCCAUGGCGAUGAGUGACACCGGCUCGAGCUUCGCGCAGUGGGCCGAGCUCUACCACCACGACCCCACCCCGGGGCUGCCCGCUGCCGCCGAUCCCGUCGCGGCGGGCUGGCCCGACAUGUUCGCGGCAGCCGCGGCGAGCCCGCCGACCUCGGGCGGGUCCGGCGGGAGCCCGACCAAGGCGGCCCAGCAGCAGCUGGGCGUCGACGGGCCCCGUGUCGGGAAGCCGGCGCGGCGGCGGUCCCGCGCGUCGCGGCGCGCGCCCGUGACGCUGCUGAACACGGACACGGCCAACUUCCGCGCCAUGGUGCAGCAGUUCACGGGCAUCCCCGCGCCCCCCGCCGGCGCGUUCGGGGCCCCGGUCAUCAGCUUCGCGGGCGACUACGGCUUCCCGCCGCCCUCGGGCGUCAUGUCCUUCGACCACCUCCACCGGAGCCACCCUGCCCCGCCGGCGCCGCUCCAGGACCAGCUGAUCCGCAGGCAGCAGCAGUACACCGGCGGGGCGUUCGGCUACAGCAGCAGCAGCAGCCUCCUGCACGGCGGCGACCUGUUCGCCUCCCCCCACGGGCUCGCGUCGGCGGCCGAGGACCGGAUGCUCCUGCAGAGCAUCCAGCAGGCGGCGGCCCACCACACGGCGUCCGCCGGUAACGCCAGCUCUAAUGGCUUCUUCGCCUGAGCAAGCAAACCGGUCAAGAUGCCCGCAUCCGCGCGACAUGCAUGGAAGGGAGAUCAGAUCAUGGCUGGAGAGGCGAAGUGAAGGAUUAACAUGAAAAAAAACGAGGUUCAGUCAGAGUCGAUUAGGUUUUUCUUGGCACGUGAUGUUUAGUUUCCUCCUCCGCUUGUUCAAUUAGUUCGUGCGGCUCCGUUGAUCGGCGGCGGAGGUUGUAAAUAUCUUGUUAAUUUUGAUGGUGUAGCUUGUUCUCUUGGUCACUCUCAUGGAGAUUAGUUCUCAUCCAAGAUUUAUC